AUGAAGAGCCCGCAGAGAACUAGACAAGAAGCAAGAAACGAUAAGGAGUACACUCCAGAACACCAGAACCCGUAUUUGUUCAACAGACUUGUUCGCCGCCCAAGUCAAGAUAAGUCUUUAGCUAAAUUCCGGCCGUUGAAAGACUGUGUUUCCUUCCUAGAACACAAUGCGAGACAUAGCACUAGAACUACUCCCCUAAAAGCCAAUGCUUAUACGACCAAGAUAUCUCACUGCCGAGUGAUAAUAUCUAGUUGGACUGUAGUUAGAUUGUGUGUCUUGCUGGUACUGUUGCAAUGGACCAGUAUAGUGAGUGGCUCGAGUAUGGAAAUAGAUCAGCCGGGUUUGCCAAGUUCAGAGGAUGUACUUAGAUCUCUAGAAGAGAUUGGGUUCAGAUGGAGCUUCAAUGGCACGAAUCCUUGUGUUGUAUUCUGUUCUUCAGAGGAAGCCCCGGAAUCUACACCUACUCCAGGUGUUACUGAUAAUACUAACCCAAAUUCAACCCAGCCUAACUCUACACCGAACUCAACGCCUAGGUAUACGGUAGACUUUUCAAACAUGUACAUUUCUUUUACACUACCAACCUAUCCAGAUUCACCUGCGAUUGUAUUGCAUGAGAUAAGAAAAAUUGAUAUGAUUACUGCCGAGGAAGUUCUCCUUGCUUUUUACAACCCUAACAAGUAUUAUCAUCAAGAUAAUUUGUUACUUCUGUGUCGACUUCUUAACCUACUUGCGUGUAAACAGAUGGUGCUUAGAAUUAUUUUCGAGGGCAUUCCUAGAUUAGAUGGAUUUCCAUAUGGCAUUGAUUCAGUUAUACGUCAGAAAGAAGCUGAAGAUACAAUUAGAUGCGCUGGAUCGGCGCCAUUUCAUUUGAUUAUUGAUUCAAAUGUUGAGUCGGCUGCCCUUCUAAAGUAUAUAUUUAAUGACCUCGUUAUAUUACGGCCUGUUUUAAAUAUCAGUUUGUCUAGCAAGUACGUCCCUGAUAUCUCUGGAUAUCUCAAACCUUUAUCACUCACAGAAGAUUCCGCCCUCACAAUUUGCUAUUCCGAAGAAAACAUUCAGAUUGACUUGAAAGCCAUUCAAAAGGCUGCUCAUAAAUGCUCCAAGAUCAUCUUCCGAAUUGAAACUCCCCAGGCCCCACCAAUAGCUGGACUUGAGGAAGAAGUAUCUGCCGAAGGUCCAACUAUAAUUCUAGCUGGAAAGGGUAAUGUCAUUCAAUGCAUUGGAAAGGAAAAUCCAUAUCCAAUCCAUGUUCAUGUCUUAUCAUGUAAUGAGUCUCAUACUAAAUGGGUUGAUAUCUUGAAUGUUGUUGAUGAACCACAAUCCCCUUGUGACCCCCGUAUAUUUGCCAACAAAGUUGUUCUCGUGGCCUCGGAUUGCACCUGGUGUGAUUUCCCGAUUUACUACGAACAAGUAAUGUCCGUGAAGUUCUUUGCUGAACAUGGCAUUUCCGUUGGAAAAGUCGAGUUUGAGUAUGCUGAUGGCCGAGGCCAUUUCUUUAAAGCAUUAGAGAGUCUUUGCAAGGCUAAAGCUUUAUCAAAAAUCCCAACGGAUCUUGCUGAUAAGAAUAUUGCGUGUCUUGACCACGCACUUAGUGGCCCUUGUUGGGAACUUAAAGAACCAGUCAAUAUCAGACUUAACAGAAUAAGCCUCACUCACAAAUGUCAGAGAAUACGCUACACAACACUUAGUAUUAGUGGUGAUAAAGGCCGUGAAGCGAACAACAUACGCCUCUGCAAUAACCUUCUACGAGAGUUGCAGAAUAUCAAUGCGCAAGAGCUUCGCAUCUCAAAUGUGUGUAAUUGCUCUUCAACUAACACUAACUUCGACCUGACCCAAUUAAAGCUCCGUUUAGCUAAUCCUCGAAAAUACAACCUCAAUGUCAAGACUUUGAUUCUAAACAAUGUCGAUGAUUGCAUUUUAUACCGAAUGCUAAGUUGUUAUGACUUUACUUGCUCAUCUAAAACUGAAAUUCAUCUCCUAAACCACCGCCUCACUAGUCUUGCUAUCGCCCAAAUACUAACCCUUCCUAUGACUGAAAAGAUCGCCAAACUCGUAAUCGAGGGCGUCACUCGUUUAAAUGAGGUCAAGCAUUUCCACCAGCGAAAGGAAUUGAAUGAGUUCUCACUGUUUAACUAUCUUGAGGAGCGUAAAGAGAAGAAAGAAACUGAAGAACUUGACCUCCACAAACUCGUCCUAAUCCUCGAACCCAUCCUCUUCGACUCAUAUAACAUACCCUUACAAGCUCUCAAAGAUCUUGGCGUCCAAGUACUAACCAACCCAAACAAUGACUGCAUCACAGAACCGCCUUUCCCCACCCAACCCCAUAUGAUAGACAUAAAGAAUUUCACCUAUUGCAUUACCACCCUUGAUGCCUUAAAAAUCGACCUUGCUAAGUACAAAUCCACUUCUCUCACUCAGCCCAACCCAACUCCAACUCCAACUCCAAACUCAGUCCAGCCUGAUUCCAUUACUAAUCUGUUCUUGCGCAUUAGUGACGCCCAUUUCCUAACUAGAACGGAUUUGAAUACUAUUAUCUGCUGGAUAGGUCACCGAUUCAAAGAUCUAACAACUCUCUGGCUGGCCAACUUUAAACUGACCGAGAGCACCCGGAAGGCCUUGAAUUCGUACAGGUAUAUACUCAAUGCUCUACCCUAUCUUCAGCUCAUUCAGAUCGAGGACACGAUUCUUCAGCAAACCCCAAUUGAAUUACAGCCACGGUCAUAUAUUAAUGAUCUAUUCGCAAUUACUUCAGAUCUUGAACAUACAUUCACCGCCGUAUCAUAUGAAGUGUUGUCUCAACUUUACACCCAUUGUGACAAAAUUGAGAACCUCAUUCCUAAUUACGAUGGCUCCAAUGAAACUCUCCAUACCAUCAUAACUAGUCUCCAGAAAUUGAAGAAGGAUGGCGAUGUUCCUUACUGCCCAUGCUGCCAAAGAACUCUUUAUAUGCCAUCGGAAGAAAUGAAAGAUGAUCAGGCAGAUGUUAUGGAACCUAAUCCCCAACUCGUCUCAGAUACAGGCUUCGAUACUCUUUGUUAUCUCGACUGUAAAGUUCCGAUCUGCAUUUAUUGUGCCAGUAGAGUAGAGUAUGCCCAUAUGUCUAAUUGUAACAUUUGCGAUCGUGCAUAUACACUUGGGUUUCGCUACAGGCGGCUUGCCGGCACUCCUGCGUCGGUUUUUAUCUUCCCUGAUAUGAGUGCUAACAAGCCUGCUACUGAUUCUGAGUGGCUCCAAACCAGACCAUGGACGGAUAAUCACCACUACUUCUACAUCCUCUAUGAUAGCCUAGAGUUGUUAAUCAAGGACUAUGAGUUUCAUGCCCCGGGGAAGGGAUAG